CCGACCGCGCUCGAAUGUGCCGUGCCGGACUGCGCAUGACGCCAAGUGGGUGAAAAUUUGUCACUUCUAAACAGAACUUUUCGGCCAAACAAGUGUGUUAUUAUGGAAGAAAAAGUUGAACUUUGAAUUGUUCUCUCCGUGUGAAAAUGUAAUUAAGCUUGCAAGUUAUACGAAUUGUUCGUACGAUGUUUCAAUAGUUGGAGGCGAUAUUCUAGGAUAGUCGUAAUACUAAAAAUAAAUCAGAAUCGAUAGCUCUCUAGAUAGAUUGAUUGAAAAAUCGACCUCAAGGUUAUUUAUAGAACAACCCUAAUAAAAUUUGCAGUUUUCCCAUGGGUAUAUUUAGCUAAAAUGAUAAAUAAUCACUAACAAUUUAAAAUACUCAAAUCAUCUGUUAGAUAACGUUGUUAUGAAAACAGUUACAAGUCAUAUUAACUCAAGUUUGAAAUUAUCUUAAACGAGUGAUAACAUAUAAUCUCAGAAUAAAAAAAAAUGUCAAUGAUAAGAUGCUGCUUCGAGCCGGUGGAGAUGCCCGAAUUUCUGGAUUCGUUCGUGAAAAAAUGCACCGAAGGAUGUUGUUGUGGCUGCUGCUCGGCCCUGCGGCCUCGCUACAAGCGCCUGGUUGACAACAUCUUCCCGGUCAAUCCGGAAGACGGACUGGUCAAAUCGAACAUGGAAAAGUUGACGUUCUACUCGUUGCGAUCGCCGGAGAAGCUGGACAGGAUUGGGGAGUACUUGUACCAACGGGCCUCGAAGGACAUCAACCGGAAGCGGUACAAGUUCGUGGAGAUUGCCAUGGAGGCGAUGGAUUUGCUGCUGAUGGCUUGCCAUGCGCAGAUUCUGAACCUGUUUGUGGAGAGCUUCUUGCGGAUGGUGCAGAAGCUGAUGGAGGAUGUGAAUCCGACGUUGCAGAUUAUGGCCACGAAUUCGUUCGUGCGGUUUGCGAAUAUUGAGGAGGACACGCCUUCCUAUCAUAGGCGGUACGAUUUCUUUAUCUCGAAGUUCAGUUCAAUGUGCUACGGGAAUAACGACGAUUUGGAGCUACGGGACAGUAUUCGGAUGGCCGGAAUCAAGGGAUUGCAGGGCGUGAUACGGAAAACGGUUUCGGACGAUUUGGUAGAGAAUAUUUGGGAGAAGCAGCACAUGGAGAAGAUUGUUCCGUCGUUGCUGUAUAAUAUGCAAUCGUCGAGUGGAAGCAAAAUCGUGGACCAGGAAGCAACUCCUUCGACGCCACCGGUUCUGGCAGAGGCCGUGCUCAGAGAGUUGGUUUCGAGGGCUUCCUUUGGACAUAUCAGGGCAGUGCUGAAGCCACUGUUGAUGCAUUUAGAUAAUCACAAGCUGUGGGUGCCGAAUCGGUUCGCAAUCGACACCUUCCGGAUCGUAAUGAUCUCCAUUCAGCCACAGUAUUCAUACACGGUCGUUGAAACUCUAAUGUCCCAUCUGGAUCAGAAUCUAGCAUCGUCACCAAAGACACGAACUUCCCUCGCGGUUGUUCUUUCCAAGAUCAUCGCCAUCGCAGCGGGCGAAAGCGUUGGACCAUCCGCCUUGGACAUCAUCAACAAUCUCCUAACGCAUCUCAAGACUUCGGUCAGCACUCAGCACGAAUCCACACCGGAAGAGACCCAAUACCAGGAAGCAUUGAUCAACGCCCUCGGCGAGUUCGCCAAUCACCAUCCCGACUACCAGAAGAUAGAAAUUAUGCUCUUCAUCAUGAACACCGUUCCGGACCCCUCGAAGAAGAACAAGGGCGAUCAGCUCCUCCAAAACAUCCUUCUCAAAUCGCUGCUCAAAGUCGGAACCCAGUAUCGCACCGUGUCUUUCGAAAAAGCUUUCCCCGUCUCCUUCCUGCAACCACUGCUCAAAAUGGCUCGGGCUUCCUCGGUUGCGAUCCGGGUGAUAGUCAUGCAAAUCUUUCAGCAACUGCUCGAUCGCCACCAAAAUCAGCACCUUCUGAACAUGAUCUCCGUCACCAAUUAUCCGACGCUGACGGUGGAGCAAGCGUCCCGAUCGGAUAUCCUUUUCACGCACAAGCACGGGUCGAACAUUCUGCAGGCCAUUCUGGACGGAAUGUCCCAGGAGAACCAUAUGGAAGUGUUAAAGUUGUCGUACAAUACCGCUGGCCUGAUGGUGGUGGAGAUGGCUUGCAGCGAAACGGUCCAGGAGUUUCUGCUAUUUGUGUUGAGCGUUCAACAGGUGGCCGUAGCCGAAGUGGAAUUAUCGCCUAAGCACCGCUGUAACUUGCAUAGCAUUGCCAUUUCGAUACUGAUCCUGAUUGGCCGCUGUACCGGCAUCGGACCGCUUGUCGAAUACGCCGAAAAAGUCAUCCAAGCUCGUACGGAAGAUGCACCGUAUCUGUUGCCACCGUUGCUGGACAAUGAGAAACCCGCACCUAGCACCCUGAACACCAAUCAGCCCCAUCUGAUGAUAGACAAGUUGGCCGUGGCGGAGUGUCUCCAACAGGCCGGUCUGGAACAUAACCGAGUGCAGACGGGAACUCCUUACUCCCUGAACCAAACGGACAUGUCCGCUCAUCGCCACUCGUGGGUCGACACCAGUGCCCCCCGCAACAGCAUUGUUGACGCCAACUACGACGCCGAAUCGGUCAGCAGUUCGCCCGGAGUCCAAAAGCGCAGCCUUCCGGUGGACUUCAACUUCGAGUCGAUGAAGCGGGUUCUGGCGGAACCGACCGAGGCCAACAAGCGGGAAGCCCGGGAGAAGCAAGCGGCCAUCGGACGCACGUUCCGCGAGACGGCCUUCGAAGAUUUGGUCCGCCGGACGGAACCGCAGCAUGACGUGCUGCAGAACAAGCUGAACGAAAUCUUCAACUCGCUGUCGGCCGAACGGCAGAUCAACUGCGGCAACCAGCUGAUGACGGCGGCCGGGGCAACCGUGGUGGACGGGGCCAACAGCAAGAUGAACCAGCAACGGCCAAUCUACGAGAAUAACUUCCCGGAAUUGUUCUUCUAUUAGGAGGGGGGGUUGUGGUGGGAGGACGAUGGAUGACCUUGGUAGAGGAAUAUUGUUUUAAUUGUGUUAUCUUUUGUGGUGUAUUUAUUGCUGUUAGCUAGUCGGGGAUGGGCUGGGAUCGAAAGCGUAUAUAAGAUAUUAGUCGAUUUAGUCAAUUUCAUGUAUUUAAAAACGUUGGAAGGAGCAUUAUCAGACACUCCGAUAAAUUUCGAACAAUAAAGUAUUCUAUGCUUAAUAUCUUAAAA